UUCUGUUUCGUUCGGCCUGCCUGUGAACCGCAUGGUUUAACCCGCGUUUUGUACAUUCGAUAACGGAAAAAACAAUAUUUACGCCCAAUUUCGAUUAUUUCUGUGUUACAAUAAUAAUAUUCGCCGGAUUUUCUUCGCUACGUUCAACAUUAUUUCGAAGUAUUCGAAAAAUACCGAACAAAGAAAGGAAUCGAAUAUUUCGACGCGUAGUGACGGCAGCCAGCUUGGCAAUUCAGCGGCGUGCACACGUUUAACAUCGAUAGUUAGCCAGUGAAAAACGAUGACGGAUAGAUUGUCGGUCAAGAAUGAGUUCUGAGGGACAGCCGAAAGCCGAAUUUGUGAUCGAAAACUCGACACAGGCUGACGAAGAAAGUGAAAAGUCGGUUGCUCCAUCUCCUUUGGCACUGCUAGCUGCCACUUGCAGUCGCAUUGGUCCCGGCGAAGUUCAAAUGCAAAAUCAAGUACAGACAUCCUCGCCUAUUCCCGUUAAUAUGUCUACUACACCGACCACAUCUCCUCAAAUUAAACAAGGAGUUACUGUUCAACAAUCUCAAGCGCAACCCCAACCACAGGUUGUAAGUUUUCCGGUGGCUGCCGGUGUAACUGCUCAGCAACUGCAACAGCAGCUACUUCAACAACAAGCUGGAGCUGCACAAAUCGUGGCCGCUGCCGCAGCAGCUGGUCAGAAUCUGUCCGGUUACAGCGUUGUUCAGGCACCAGCUGGAGUACAAGCACUUAGCGUUGAUGGACAGGAAGCCAUCUUUAUACCAGCAAUGAGCUUAGCAGGGGGACAACAGCCUCAACAAAUAUUCAGCCCUAGUCAGAUUAUACGAGCACCAGCAGGAGUUCUACCCACAGCUGCAAAUAUCCCCGCCACUGUACAACUUAGCAACGGUCAAAGCGUACAGGUUCGACCUGUUCAGCCUCAAGUCUUUCAAUUCCCAAUGCAACAAACCAUACCGAUUCAGGUACCGAUAUCAUCAGGAAACGGUCAAACCAUCUACCAAACUAUACAUUUUCCAGUUCAGUUAUCGGCUGCUGCUGUUCCCAAUAUUAUCCAGGCUCAACCACAACUAAUUCCUCAAGUAGCAAGUAUAUUAACUCCAACAGGACAGUUACAACCUAUACAAAUUGCUACAUCUUUGCCUCAGCCACAACAGCAGCAGCCCCAACAGCAGCAACAAUCUCAAACUCCUGCGUCAUCGGUUGCACAACAAGUUUUCACAGGGGACGGAGGCGCUCAAUUGACAUUUACAGCGGCUAAUGGUCAACAGUUUACCCUUCCAGUUUCGAACUUACAAAACUUGCAACAAGUUAGGACAGUCGGAAAUCUUGGUGGACUCGGUAGUAUUAUACAACUACCGAAUAUCCAAACUAUGCCAACAAUUCAAAAUAUUCCAGGUCUAGGUAAUGUUCAGGUGAUUACACAACCGACCCAACCGCAACUAGCUGUAGGGCAACAUAUUCAGCAAGACCCCAAUGACCCUAACAAAUGGCAAAUAAUACCUCAAGUAACAGCAACAGCCGCUGCCCAACAGCCAACUCAGGUUGCAACGUCUAUUAGUGUUAGUACGGUGGAAGCAGCACCAGUGACUUCACCUUCGGCUUCGGAUCCUAACCAAGGUGAACAAAAGCCAAGACUCAGAAGAGUAGCUUGUACUUGUCCUAAUUGCCAAGAAGGGGAAAGACAACCAGAUAGAAAGAAACAACAUAUUUGUCAUAUACUUGGAUGUAACAAAGUAUAUGGAAAAACGAGUCAUUUAAGGGCGCAUCUAAGAUGGCAUACCGGUGAACGUCCUUUCGUUUGCAGUUGGCUAUUGUGCGGGAAACGUUUUACCAGAUCAGACGAAUUACAAAGACAUACACGAACGCAUACUGGAGAGAAGAGGUUCCAAUGCCACGAAUGUAACAAAAAGUUUAUGAGAUCUGAUCAUCUCUCAAAGCAUUUGAAGACCCACCAAAAGCAGAGACUAAUGCAGGACAAAGAUCAAGAAGAUGAAGACGUUUGGGCUGUAGAAGAAUCUGAAUCACAACAAGAAACUGAACAGAAACCCCAACCUGUUUGGAUAACAGAUAGCAAAAACAAUAUUAAAUACGCCAUAACGCAUUUAAAUUAUGCCCAGAAGCCAGCCACAUCUACGCAGUCGGCGUCGUCUGAGUCGAGUUCGAGCAACGAAGAAAAGAUGAUGAUCACUAUUAGUGCGGCGGAAACAGACGACUUGAUUAUAGCGGAUCCAUUAGAUAGCUGAGAAGCAGCUUCUGUGUAUCUUUUGGGCUCAUCAGAUGACGAACACAGUUACAACUGAAUUACUUAAAAAUCUGUGAUUAUAGACUUAAGUUCACCUUCAUUUAUCUUCGUUAAGUUUUAAGAUAAUAUAUUUUAAUAUAAAUACGUAUAUUUAAAUAUAUAGUACCUUUGAAA